GUAGGAAGUUUAUGAAUACUUCUGCUUAAAUAGAACUUUUUAAUCAUGAACUAGAAACUUGUUUAAUUUUUUUUCUAUAUCACUUAAUUGCAAUUAAUGACCUACUUUAAUAUUAUUAAUUUUCAUAGUUUUUGUAUUGGACUAAAGGUUUAAUAUCCAUUUUUAUUGAUCAAAAUUAUUUUUCUCUUGUUUACACGCAUCAUAUAAUAGUUAGGUUUCUAACUUAUGGUUGCCUGAAAUGUCUGGAAUUGUAAAUGGAUCAAAGGUACUUGAUUUUACUGAAGAUAUAAAGCUCCAUGAAGCAGAGGAGCCAUGGAAACCAUCUUUUAAAUUAAAACGAUCAAGUGAAGCUAAUUAUGGAACAUCAGUUGAAAAGAAAUUAAAGUGCAAUGCUUUAAGCAUAUUGAAUAAAAUUACACCUGAAAAAUUUGAGUUACUUCUGAAACAACUGGAAAAAUUGGACUUUAAGGAUGAACAAGCAUCAAAUGUUCUUAUUUGUUUGAUUUAUGAAAAAGCUGUAAGGGAGCCUAUAUAUAAUAAAACCUAUGUCAAAAUGUGCAAAUUCCUGGCACCAAUUAAAAUUUCUUCAUCAAAUUUCAUAGCAAUGGACUUUCAUUCUUUAUUUGUACGAAAAUGCCUCAAAGAAUUUGAAAACGCUUUGCAGGAUCAAAGAAAAUUUACAGACAGUUUGGAUUCUUAUGAUCUGGAAAAGCUUAAGGAAGAAAUGUGGGAAGAGCAGUAUAAAAUCAAGUUUAGGCUUUUAGGAAAUGUUAAGCUUUUAGGAGAACUUUUUAACCAAAAUAUGUUACUUGAGUCAGAUGUGCAAAAUUGUCUUAAAAGGCUGUGCAGUGAGGGGGGUGAGGUGUUGCUGGAAGCUUUAUGUCUUAUGUUGAAAACAGUUGGGAAAAAACUGCUUAAAUGCAAUAACCCAGUUUAUAUCAGUGAAAGAGAAGACAUCUUCCAAAAAAUGCAGAAUAUAGUUGAUAAACAUUUGGCUAGCACUAGAAUCAGAUUCAUGAUACUAGAUGUUAUUGAUUUGAAAGAGAAUAACUGGAUUUUAAGAAGAGAGGAAAUCAUUCCAAAAACAAUAAAAGAAAUACAUAGUGAAGCUCUGCUUGAAGGAGGUGAUAAUGUUCAACGUAACAGAAUUUCCCAUAGCAAACAAAAUAAUACAGACCCGGUCGAAACAAGAAGCAAGCACCUUAUAGAAGACUUCUUAGAAAACAAAGAUCUUGAACCAGUAUGUCAGUAUGUGAGCUCAUUGCUUCCUAACAGAGUGAUUGAUUUCAUAAAUUCCUCUUUUUGCUUAGUUCUGGAAGGAAAUCCUCAAAAUAGAGAUUCAGUUGGCGAAUUGAUAUUUCAAUUAGUGAAAAAGAAAUUUGUUAAAAUUGAUCAGUUCAGAGAUGGGUUUUCAGGUGUUGUUGAAAAAUGCAAAAAUCUUGCUGUAGACACUCCUUUAGUAUGGAAUAAUGUGGGUGAAAUUGUCUAUCCACUGGUAAAGAAUGAUCAGAAAAACCUUCAUAUUUUAAAAAUUUUGCUAGAACCACACAUAUCCUCUGACACUCUUGAGAAAGUGGUAUCUGGGGUAUUCCAUUGCAUUGUUGCCAAAGAG